CAGAAAUGAAAAGUUAAAAAAAAAGAAGCAUGAAAGAGAGAAAGCUGGAGCAAAAAGGAAAAGGAGACAAGGAGAAAAGAAUGCAGGAAAGAAAGAAGGAUGAAGAGAAUACAAGAUAACACCCGGCUUGCUUCCACACCUGCAGAAGCGUUUAUAUUACCAGCAUUUUUAUCGAAAAGUGUACUACUUAUCAAUGCAAGAUGUAUUCAGUGGUACAUUCGGCUCAAUACAGAACAUUUGUGUAUGUAUUUACAUGGUGGAUUAUCCUGCUGGAAGUAGCCUUCAGAAGACUGGUACACCGUGGUUAUAAAUGGGUUAACAACAUGGUCAGCAACCAGAAGGCUGUGUUUAAACAAGGCUCAAUUGGUAGAGUGUGCGCCAAGAAAAUAUUUCCAGCACCAUAUUGGAACAGCUGAUUUUAAAUGUAAACAUAUAAUACUAUUUUUACAUUUAAUUUUAAAUUGCCUAAUACAUGUAAUGUAUUCUUAUUAUUAUUGAAGAGGCUAUCAAAGUCAUAAUAAACAACGAUCUGUUAAAAUUUGACAAAAUUUAUAUUUUUAACAUUUCCUAAUUUUUAACAAUUUGAAAGGUAACGUCACCUGGAAGGAAAGAUUAACUGCGUGCAGGAACAGUGACCUCUAGUGGACAAUAGGUGAAACGCUAAAUAGCAAGUGUAUACUGAUAAGCAAAUUUUUACGGACACAGAUCAAAUCACUGUUAAAAUUUAAAUUGUCAUGAGCCCUCACUUACAGGUACAUCUAAAAAAAUAGAAUAUCAUGAAAAAAUGUAAUAUUGUAGAGUUCCACCACACAGACAUAUUUCAAGCCUUAAUAUCUUGUAAAAAUUACAAGAAAAAGAAAACUCAACAUUCAGUGUUUCAGAAAAUUUGAAUAUUAAAUAUAGGAAACUCAUGGUGUCACACCCUAAUCAGCUAAUUAUCUCACCUGCAACGGUUUCCUGAUCCUCUAAAUGUUCUCUAAGUCUGGUUUAGUAGGCUACACAUUCAUAACGAAGACUGCUGACUCAACAGAUAUCUAGAAGACAGUCAUUGACACCCACCACAAGAAGGGUAAGCCACAAAAGGUCAUGGGUCACACCACUAAAUAAAUGAAUUCUGUCCCUUCAAUGGCUGCAAGUGUGUAAAGUUUGGUGAGGAGAAGCUAAACUGCAGGCCAGUCAAGCUUCUUCAUCGUCCCACUGAAGCUUGAGUCCUGACCUCAACCUUCUUGAACAUCUUGGGAUGAAUUCGAGCAGAGGCAUAGUUAAAGUUUAUAUUGCUGGCAACGGUGGGUCCAUCAACAAAUGGAACCUUAUAGAUUCAAAGUCCAUGUACAUGUAAAAGUACACAGACAAAUCCUUUUGGCAAUAGUGUGAAAAAUAUUUUCAAUAUUUUAACAAUGUGUGUAUAUAUAUAUAUAUAUAUGUAAACCUUAAAAUCUGAAAACUGUUUUCCAAUACAGCCAGGGCAGUGAUGAUGACCUUGAAAAAGCUCGGUCCAAUAAGUUAUUCACUCGGGAUGCGCUGAUGACAUCACAGCCGACUUGACCAACUUUCUGGUGGAUGUCUUUCUCAGCCAGAGUCGCUGUUUUUUCCACACCCGGACUGAGGCGACUUGACGGACAUCGCAGCAGGCUCCACCCUCCGUUACUCAGUCAACUACGUGUUGAGGCUGGAGCCUUUAACCAGCCAGCAUCCCAGAAGAACUUUACCCUGGCUUUUAUCGGGAGGAAACAAACCUCUUUCUCAGUCGACGCAGGUUUGUCAGAACUGAGCUUCAAUCGAUCGCUUUCCGCUGAUAGAGAAAACACGAUUUAUGAGGUCCGAGAUCUGCGUGGAAACAGAUGAUAUUUGAAUCCACCGAAAGGAGCGUAGAGACAGAGAGAGAGGGGAGGUGGGUGUCGGAUACAAGGCUGUUUGUCUUUCUUGUUUUGUGAUAGAAUGUUGUUUCGCUUGGAUUAUGGUAAAUAAAGCCGCGAACUGAAGCUUUUUCAAUCUUAUGUACAUUUUAAUGACGAUCUUCUAACUUUGAUCAGAAAGUUCUUGCGGGGAUCUUCACACGACCUUAGAUCUGAAGACAACAUGAGUAAAAGUAAAACAAUGGCGUUGAAAGCCAAAGUAUUGUAUGAUUUCCACGCUGAAAACCCAGGAGAGAUUUCCAUAGCAGAGAAUGAGCUGGUGACUCUGUUCAGUGAGGAGGAGCUGGAGGGGUGGUUGGAGGGGGAGAACAGCAGGGGGGAGGUUGGCCUCUUCCCCGCCUCCUAUAUUGAUAUUAUUAGGGACCAAAUCACCUUUAGCACAAGCAACAACGGCGUCUCCUCACCCAAAACCAUAACCCAGUCCCCCAGCCACAUAUCAUACGCAUCACCCGAUUCCCAGUCCCAGAGGAAGUUUAAGGUUGGCAGUGGUGGAGGGAGCAGCUUUAACACCAGCCAGGGCAGUGAUGAUGACUGGGACGACGACUGGGAUGACAGCUCUCCCGCUCAGUAUGAGCCUCAGGGUUUGGGAACCACCCCUCCCUUGUACCCGGUCACCACCUCGCUGCCUGGACGGGCAAGCGGCCAGCAACAGCAGCAGGCCAAGAGCUCAGCAACAGUGGGGAGGAACCUCAACAGGUUCUCCACCUUCGUCAAGUCCGGAGGAGAGGCCUUCCUUCUUGGGGAGGCCUCUGCUUUUGUCAAAGAUGGGGACAGGAUCUGUGUGGUGAUGGGGAAGUAUGGACCAGAGUGGCAAGAAGACCCUUAUCCAUUCACAUGCACCAUUGACGACCCCACGAAGCAGACCAAGUUCAAAGGCAUGAAGAGCUACAUGUCUUAUGGCCUUACCCCAACACAUACUAAUGUACAAGUUAACCGCAGGUAUAAACAUUUUGACUGGCUCUACGCCCGGCUCGUAGAGCGUUUUCCUGUCAUCUCUGUGCCCCACUUGCCAGAGAAGCAGGCUACAGGCCGCUUCGAGGAGGACUUUAUCUCUAAGAGGAGGAAAGGUCUGAUCUGGUGGAUGAACCACAUGACAAGUCAUCCCGUCCUGGCACACUGUGAUGUCUUUCAGCAUUUCUUGACAUGCGGGGCGGACGAGAAAGCCUGGAAAAUGGGCAAGAGAAAGGCAGAGAGGGACGACUUGGUUGGGGCAAACUUUUUCCUGACAAUCAGCACACCAGUCGUUCCUUUGGACCUGCAGGACGUCGAGAGCAAGAUCGAGGGCUUUAAGAGCUUCACCAAGAAAAUGGAUGAGAACAUUGUUGUGGUGAACACAUCCAUCAAUGAGUUCGCCCGCAAACAAAUAACAGGCUUCAAGAAGGAGUACCAGAAGGUCGGGCAGUCCUUCAAGCAUCUGGCGCAGGCGUUCGAGCUGGAUCAGCAAGUUUACUCGGUGGGGCUGAACAAAGCCAUCUCCUACACUGGCGAAGCCUACGAGGUCGUAGGGGAGUACUUUGCAGAGCAGCCACGCCAGGACCUGGAACCCAUCUCUGACCUGCUUGACCUCUACAGAGGACACCUGUCCAAUUUUCCUGACAUCAUCCAUGUGCAGAAAGGUGCGCUGACCAAGGUGAAAGAUUGUCCAAAGCAGGAGGGUGAGCUCCACGAUCGCUGCAACAUCAUAUCCUGUGCCACACUAGCGGAAAUCCAGCAAUUCCAUCGGACACGUGUGCGGGACUUCCGCUUGCAGAUGCAACACCACCUGCGCCAGCAGAUCAGCUUCUUCCAGAAAAUCACCGCCAAGCUAGAGGAUGCCUUGCAAAAAUAUGACAAUGACCAAUAGGACAGGAUGGAGUAAGGAAAAGGGUGCAAGAGUUCUGACCUAAGUGAGAUGAGAAUACAGAAUCAAAGGAUUGAUGUGACUGUUCACAUUUUAGAAAUCUUUAAAGGAAAAAAACUUGAAGAUAAUGUAAUGGAUCUUCCAUUUGGCAUGCUGGAAGAUGUAUAUCUGCAGAAACAGACACAGGACAUCUCGUGGGAUUAUCUGAACAGCUCUGAUGAGUGUACCAGUUACAGAGAUUUUGUGAACACUCCAUGCAACAUUUAAAGCAGCUCUCAGCGUGCUGGGGCCUGCUGUUUGGAUCAUGAUUUCUAGGUCAUGUCACUGACUCAUCUGUUUCCUCCUGAAAGCAUGUGGGUUUAACCCAACUUAAACAAGGACAAACGACUUUCCAAACUGCCUAAUUUACAACUGAGUUAAGGUUCGUGAUCAUUAUCCCAUGUGUGUUUUACUUGAAUAACCCACUCAGUAUUGUUUGCAUGUACAAUUUGCAGAAAUUCUGACUGUGGAAAGUGGCAUAGAGGACAUAAUCUGCUAAUUCUUUCAUUUUUGUAAAAUUAAAAUAAUUUUUUUUAUCUACUUUACUUUAAACCUCUUGGACAACUCAGAUACUGCACAUGUUUCACAGUGUUAUAAUCUGAUGAUGUGUUCUGCAUAUUCUACUUGUAUACAGUGCUGUGAAAAAUCAUGAAUCAAAUCAUCAAACAAAUUUUAAAUUGUAACAAAGAUAACCCAAGUAAAUACAAAAGGAGUUUUUCCAAUGAUUUCAUUUAUUAAGGGGGGAAAGGUAUCUAAAAGAACCGGGCCCUGUGUGAAAAAAUAAUAGCACCAGAAUCCAGAAUUAGCAGUGAUAAUCCAUUUUUUUGGUUCUAUUGCACCAGACCCACCCACACCUGAUUGCUGCCAUAGAUGUAGAAUGAAGAAAUCACUUGAAUGGAACUUGUCUGACAGCAAAAAACAGACUAAAAAAAAAAAAAAAAAAAGCAUAGAUGUUCAAGAGCAAAUGAGAAGCAAAGUCCCAAGGCAGAACUAUUGCUGACCAAAUUUGCAAAAAAAUGAUCCUCAUGACUUUUGGGAAAGUAUUCUCUGGACUAACUGGGAAAAAGUUAGCCCAUGCUGUGUUACUUUUUAUAAUUAUUUCAGAGAGAGAAUCACACCAACAGUCGAACAUGAUGGAAAGGUAAAUGACCUGCACUUGUAUAGCGCUUUAUCAAGUCCCCAAAGACCUCAAGGCACUUUACACUACACACUGCAAUCCUCCCAUUUGUACACAAUUUCACAGUGCUAAGCUACAAUGUAGCGAAAGCUGCACUGGGGCAGACUGAUAGAAAUGAGGCUGGCACACAAUCAGCACUACCGAGCAGGGUUUGAACCAGAAAUCCACCAGUUACAGGAUGAACCCCUACCAGUGUCGCCACCAUUGCUCCGUGGAAGCAUGAUGGUCUGGGCUGUAUUGCUUCCUCAGGAUCUGGAUGACUUGCUGACAUUGAUGGAGCCAAUAAUUCUGGUCUCUAGCAGGAGGACAAUAUUCGUGAUCAGUUUGCGACUUUAAACCCAAUCACUUAAUAAAGGAAAUCGCUAUUUAAAAAAUAGAAUUUUUUUAAUUUACUAUGGUUAUAUUUGACAGAUAUUAACAUUAGUUUUGAGUUUAACAUUUAAAUAUGACAAAAAACCUCAAGACAAAAGAAAUAUGCUAGUAGUAAAUACCCUUUCAUAGGACUAUAUAUGCACCAAUUAUCUUUUCAGGUACCAACAAUCAGUAUCUGUCUCAGUGCUCUCUGGCUAAGGUCACAAGACUGCAUAAAUUAGUUUCACAGUUUAAACUGCAGAUACCAGGUGAGAUGGCUGAAUAAUACCAGAAUGUACAAUAAUAAUAAUAAUAAUAAUGAUGAGGACCUUAAAAACAAUAAAUUAUAUUUAUAAAACACCUUUUAUAGACACAAGUAAUAAAGUGCCUUACAAGAUAAGAUUUUAAACUAAGAAAACAUUUAAGAAAAAAGAAAAAAACAUGGAAAACAAAAAAAAAAAAAUCCAAUAGAAGAUUAAAGGAAACAAUUAAAUAUAGGUUAACACCAAACAGGAAUAAAUAAUUAAACAUCAAAUAAUUAUCAUAAAAUAUUAAAAAUACAAAUAAAACACAAUUUGGAGAUCCAAGAAAAAGUCUGCCAAUAAAGAUACAUAUUUUAAAGCAAUCUAAAAGACAAAGGUGAGAAUGCCAAUAUGAUCUCCACAGGCAGACUUUUUCACAGGAUAGAUGAAAACAUUCGUUCAGCCUUAGCUCUCAGUCAGGCUUCUGGUAGCCAACAGAAUUUUGGCUGUGGACCUCAGGAUCUAGCCAGGGGCAUGUGGUUAUCCGGGUUAAUUAGCAGCCCAGAAAGACAUGCUAAUGUGAACUUAUUUGUUCCCUUUUUUAGCUUUUUGUAAUAAGUCUAGCUGCUGCACUUUGUAGUAUCUGUAGUUUGUGUAAACUUUGCAGGAUUAGACAAGUGUGAAAAUCCAAAUGUACUAAAGAUAAAUGCAUAAAUGACUAUAUCUGGAUCUAUCUGACCUAACUUCUCCAAAGCAACACGAAAAAUGUUUGAACAUUGUAAUUGACGUGCCUAUUGAAGGUGAGGUGCCUUUAAAAAAUACAGGUUUUACAGGCAGGGAGGUCAGGUGUGUACCUGUUAGUGAAUCAGAUAUUUCAGACCCAAUAAAGAUUACUUAGGUCUUGUUCAUAUUCAGUUUAAAAGUUCCAUUAGGGUUGCAGGGGAUAUACAGCUGCUGGUCAUCAGCAUAGGAAUGAAAUUUUGCACAGCGUCUGUCGAUGGUACCAAGGAGUAACGUAGAAAACAGGAGAGGUUCAAGGAUGGAGCCCUGAGGUACCAUAGGUCACUUUAUUGAGGAUGGCUAACACCUGACAAUGACCACGCUAAAAGAUUUGUCUUGCAAAUACAAGUAGGACCACCCAAAUAUUUUCACUUGGAGAAAAGAACAUAACCCUCUGUGUGGAAUUUAUUUGAGUUGCAACAAAGAUAGAAGGCGCACAAUCUGGGUUUUUAAGGUAAUGUUUUUUCAAACAAACAUUGGUAAUAAGUUCAGCGUUACCAUGUCUGUCAGUAAAAUAUAUAGCCUUUUACACAACUAAGGAGCUAACCUUUACUUGCAGACCAUUCACAAAAAUACCAUUAGAUUGUGUUCAAGAGCCAUGUUUUCCUCAGCACUAUAUCCGUCUGGUUUUUAUACUAGAUUUUGCUGGAAGUCUUCCCCCAAUUGAAAAUAUCGACCUGCUGCUUAUAAUGGAUGGCAGACAUAACCUCCCCCCCCCCCCCCCAGGUUAAAGAUCAUUCCACUUUAACAAAUUUGGCCAUUCUUGUAGUCUGAUAACAAAGAUAGUUAUCUUUAAAACACACAGUACGGUUAUGUCCUCGAGCUAAAAGCAGCACACAGCACUUACAUAGGGAGAAGGCACAAUGCUACUGCUAUCAAAACAAUGGCCAGGACGAAAUAUCAAGACACAAUAAAUUCAACUUUUCUGCACUCCUACUGACUCAAAGUACACAACAAAAUUUAUUUAAGGGCUAAAAAGGUGAAUUAUGCAUGAUGUGUCCCCUUUAGAUCCUUGUUGUUCAUAUGAAACGUGGAAUUUCUUCUUAAAGUAAUCAGAAUCUCAUACCAGCCCAAGCGUAGUCUGAAGUCAUGAUCAUUUUGUGUAGGAUGACGGAUGCUUUCCGGCAUGAACUGACUGCACAGAGAUGUUAGAAAUCCCUGUUGUAAUUAUCAUGUACUUUAUAUAAUUUUAAAUGAAUGUUUUUGAAAAAUAAAUGUAGUGUUUUAAACUGGUGGUAGUCCAUUCAUCGCAGUGUGUCAGACUGCUGUUUGCCACUAUGUCAUUUCUAACCGAAAAUGAAAAACGUUUAUGGUCACCGUGUACCAGAAUAAACCGGUAUUUGUGGUCAAUAUUUCAUCAUUAAACCUAGAAUACCCUGCCCUCUGGAGCAAUGGCGUUUUUAGUAGACAACCUUUCUACUGCUUGUUUGUGUUUGCAGUAACUUGUGUCCUCUAGUGUAUAUGGUCAUACAACUUAGUGCUCAAAGGGCUAUUUAUAUGUUUUCAGAGGAAUCUGGACUACAUUUGAGUGAAUUUGAACAUUUAAAAUACUGAUCAAAUCUGCUAUGAAUUAAUCCACUCUCUGUCUACUAUCUGAUGAUUUUACCUGAGAAAUAUGUUCAGUUUUUUGUUUUCUUUAAUUGCAGAGUCAUAGGGCCCAUGAGGAGACAUAUAAGGAGGGGCAAGGAGGCCAGACCAAAUCACCACUGCUCUGGAGAUAUAGAGCCAAUAUAGAGCUCAUAAAAUUAGCCUUAUUCUCAAAGAUUCUUCUUAGUUUUAUUCAUACUGAGCAGCCUCAUAAGUUCAAGUUUUAACAUAACUGAUCUGAACUAGUUAUUAACGCUACUAUGGUUUUUAGUAGUUCUUGUUUUACACAUAGACACUGCAGUUUUGGUAAAUAUAGUUCUUGCAGGCGAGGCUUCACAUUAGUUUUCCUGGAACUUAACUUUACACUGUUCACAGCAACACAAUCUUCAAUUUUUCUAUUUUUGGCAGUGUUUAUAAACAUUUAAAUAAAACAGAAAUGUGACUUUGACUAGAUUUCAGUAAGUAAAUUUAUCUGAUGGUGUCUUUUAAUGUGGCUUUUUCCAGAACAUAAUUUAUGAUCUGCAUCCUGUCAUUUUUUUCACUGUUUUGACUGUGUCUAGGUCAGAUUUUAGCAGCUGUUUAUAGUAAUAAAUACAUGCUUUGAAGCACACUGCUCUUUUUCCCCUCACAGUUUACACACCGUUGCUUUAAGAUCAGUAUUAGUCCACUUUUUCUAAACUCAGAAACCCUCUCUAUUGUCAGAUUUCAUUAAGUAACCCAACUCUAAAUGCAUAUUAAAGUGCAGUUCCUUCACUUUAAAGAUGUGAGAGGUUACUUUAUCCAUACAGGUCCCAGGAAGAUAGUAAGUGAUUAAUAAAAUGUGUAUAUUGUAAGUUAUUAGAUGAAAUAUGCCAAGGCAAAGCAUCCUUUAACUUGUUCUCUCCUGCGCAGGCAGCAGCAGCUGUGUCUGAUAUCUGGAACCACAAUCACAAACUUCAGAUCAUUUUACUCUAACCGAAGGCCAUUCAUUAUUUAGAACUGUCUCUUUCCCUUCUUCACUCACUCUUCAGAGGCUCUUUUGCACCUUUUGCUUCUCACUUAUUUUAAUACUUAAGUUUUAAGAUUACAGUGCAAAAAACAUACUAAAAUUGUCAUGAUUUAAAGAUGUUAAGAGUUUUGUUUUGGAUUUCUCCCCCUAUUAUGAUUAUGUUUUCCAGGUGGUGCUUUAGUUAAUUGCUUAAGGUUUUGUUUCUUGUUUUGUUUAUGUAGCAUUUUUUAUGUUCCUGUUCCUUUGAUCAGAUUGCAUCCUUAGAUUUCUGUUUAGCUCCAGUCAUGUUUUGUUUUCACUCUCUGCCACUGCCAAGUAAUCAGUUUUAUUCAGUCCACCUGAGUCGUGCCAAUCAGUCUCCUUGUUUUCACCUGUGCCAUGCCAUUUCAUGGCAACCAAAGCCAAGCCAGACCAUAUCCUCUGUUUUCCCAAGCCUGUUCAUGCCUGCAUCUCCUACCUCCUUCUUGCUGUGAGUUUUCUUUUUGUUUUUCAUUAAACCUUUUUCAACUCAC